GAGUUCGAGCCCUAAGCGAGCCCACCCACAAUCGCCCUCACAAGAAAGCCGCAGCCUCGAUUUCGACUUACUGAACUCCAUCUUCCUCAACCGCCGCACACGAGACAAGAUGACGAAGCGCACCAAGAAGGUCGGAAUCACGGGUAAAUAUGGUACCAGAUACGGUGCCUCCCUGCGUAAGCAGGUGAAGAAGAUGGAAAUCACUCAGCACGCCCGUUAUGUCUGCACCUUCUGCGGCAAGAACACCGUCAAGCGUCACUCUGUCGGUAUCUGGGAGUGCAAGGGUUGCCACAAGACCGUUGCUGGUGGUGCUUACACCGUCUCAACAAGAGACCUUGGCGAAAGCGCCAGCGAUCCUCUUGCCGCCUCCGCCGAGCCCGUGCCAAGACCUGACCUGGAUGGUGAUGGCAAGUCGAACGAUCUUUCGAUCAAGGCAGAUGGCGUGGAUGGCGAUGAGGAUGCAGGUCAAAUCGCCCAGUUGCUCCCCUGUGGUCAUAUCCUACAUAAUAACUGUUUGAAACCAUGGGUAGAACGAGCCAACAGCUGUCCCAUAUGUCGCCGCAGCUUCAACGUCGUUGAGCUCACUGAGCGACUUGGAGGACCCGUGCUUUCGUCAUACUCCGUCGAGGACCGAGUCCAAAUACCGGACGUCGAUCCCUCGAUGAUAAUAGAGUAUGUAGAUGAUGAUCUUGCCGAGUUCCAACCCUGUCCAAUCUGUGGAGAUGCAGAGAAUGAAGAGCUACUCCUCCUUUGUGAUGGCUGCGAUGCUCCUUCGCAUACCUACUGUCUUGGUUUGGAUGAGAUCCCAUCAGGGUCUUGGUAUUGUGCCCGGUGCGAGACACAGCGUGCUAUCGGAGCUUCAUCCGAUGCAUCAGCAAGAUCAUCGCGACCUCAGGACCGACGAGGCCGUCGUACGAGGGCACAACAGCGGAGCCAACAGAACAGAAAUCAAAUGAACUCCCUCCACUGGGCUCGGGUGUGGCAGUCUGUCUGGGAUCAUCUCAACCUGGAUCUCGACUUUCCCUUUGAUGAUGACAGGGCUGCGGAGCGUGCUAGGCAACAACAACGGCGAGAAGAAGCCAAUCAACGAGAGUUUCGCGCCUGGCAACGCCGGUUCGAAGUUGCGGAGCGGCAGGGAGGCAGCAAUCGAUUCAGAGACACUGCUGCUCUCCUCGAUAUCGAGGCCCCGCGACCGUCGCGGCCACGUCCACCUAGGGUACCAACACCCGAACCCGAAUCCCUUGAGGAGAUGAGGGCAUGGAACGCUUUCGAACGAGCUCGUGAGAUUGAAAGCAACCCAAGUGCAGCGAGGAAGCGAAAAGAGCCAACAAUGUCUCCAUCGCCUGAACCUUCUGAACCGGAACGGAAGCUAAAGCGGCCACGAACCCGUAGGCCCCAGGAGCUGGCAGCUCUGGCUAUGCAAAAUGGCGAAUCUUCAAGAUCUGCUGGUGUCAACGCUUCUGCUCGAAUCAAUGCCGAAAGCUCAAGUGAGCCUAGCUUCCUACAAUCGCUUUUGAAAGAGGUCGACGAUGCCUCAAUUUCAAAUGGACCUUCCGCUCAGGCAUCACAUGCCCCGACUGAACAUACGUCGCCUGGUCCCUCGUCUCCGUCGAUAUCACCUGCCCCAUCCAAUCGCUCAUCCCCCCUUUUAUCCUCUGCGACACCGCCUCCACAUCUCAGGGGCAGGCCUGUGUCUCCAAUCCAACUGACGCCUCCUAACAACCAUUCAUCUCCAUCUUUUUCACCCGAUGUCUCGCCGUCAGGCUCUGCUCAAAAUGCCAAAGAUCAUACGCCCUCCCGCUCGGAAGGUCGCUCGCGGCCGCGGAUUUCUCGAACAUCAGCCCGGUUGAUGGUCGCGCGGUCGGCCGACAAUUCGCCCAGCCGUUCUGGGCCAUCAUCGACAGUGAAAUCCGACAUACAAAAAGUGGUGGGGACAGCGCUGAAACCCUACUAUCGUACAAAAGUUGUCUCUAAAGAAGAAUACACGGAGAUCAAUCGAAACAUUUCCCGAAUGUUCUACGAACAAGUGGGUGAAGCCGAGUCACUCGGGGCUGGCACUAGAGCCGAUCUGGAGAAGUCUGCGAAAGACGAAGUGCAGAGAGCGAUCGAGGCCUUGAUACAAAAGAAAGAUGGGGAUAUGGAUGGUACUUGUCGAAGUCCAUGAUAAUAGUACGGACCAUAGCAUUUGACGGCGUUUUGUAGCGAUUUACUUGGAUCUGAAGGGCGAAGCAUACAUUCGGGCGUUGACAUAGCAUUGAUUUUUCGUCAGCAGGAUCUGGCUCGAAGAUUCAGGUUAUCCAGUGAUUUGGAAUGGGUAUGGAUUCUCUUGGAUGGGCGGUUUUCAUAACGUCCUUGUUUAGCAGGUCUAUAAUAUUCAAUGUCUACCUUUCCCUCUAUAGAUCUAUCGUCUUUGCAUAUCGCUUAUAUGAAAUCAAAUACUC